CUAAAUCUUUGCUGUAUUACAAAAUAUAUUUCUAAUUUUUAUACAAGUUCAGCAUAACAUAAUUCAUAAUGUCAGUCAAAGGAGAGUCAUCUAAAGACAAAAAUAUGUCCGAAAAAUUAACGCUUUCAUUUUUAACUAAAUUUAUUAAACCUUAUUCUGGUGACAGAGAGUCACUUCCUGCAUUUCUCACAAACUGUGAAAAUGCUAUGUUACUAGCCAGUCCAGAACAACAAUUAAUUUUAUGUAAAUUUAUUAUUUCUCAAUUAGAAGGCAAGGCACAAGUCGCCUGUAGUUUAAAAACAUUUUCAAAUUGGGCGGAAUUAAAAUUAUUUUUACGCUCAACUUUCGGCGAAAAGAAACACGCAACUCAUUUAUUAUCUGAUCUCCAAAAUUGUAAGCAAAUGUCCAAUGAGGAUGUCAUAAAAUAUUCACUAAGAAUUGAACAAAUUUUAACUCGAAUUCAAUCUAAUAUUCAUUAUAGUUGCGUAGACGAGAAUGAACUUCCCGGUCGAAUUGCGGCUAUGGAAGAACUCGCUUUAAAUACAUUUUUAUUGGGCUUAAAUUCUUCUAUUUCUAUUAUUGUUAGGUGUAAAAAUCCUAAGACCAACGUCGGUCACACGAUCAUGGAAUGUCGUAAGCGUCAAUUUAAUAUGAAACGCCGCGUAAACGCUGGCAACGCGCAACGUGACGACGUUCAUAUUCCUUCACAUACAUGUGACUUUGAAUAUAAUGUUCAUAAUGAUCAUCAGACUCAAUCCAAGCACGAUGAUUUAAAUUAA